ACGAUUUGCAAUUGGCAAAAUUUUCAGUGUCAAUUAAAUACUAUUAUUUUCCUAACGAUUUCAGAAGAUAGAGAACAAGAUGCAGAAGAGAACUUCGUAUUCACGUGGUUACGUGAUUUGUCAUUGUCAAGAAGGGCACACCAAAUUCAAAUCAUAGUAAAACUAAUGUGCGACCCAGUCGAAAGACUAUACUCUUCAAAACGCGUCCAAACUCUCAAUACGUCAGCUUCCAUCUUGGUUCAGCAGAUUAACCAAGUCAAAAAACCGAAUUCUAUGAACAUGCCGUUAAACAGGAAUCUGAAAGACGCGAUCAGGAAGCUUAAUCAGAAAUCGAUCGUAAAGCCCGUGAAGAGGCAGAAGAAAACUUCAGCUGAAUUGGAUAAGUGUAAAG